UUCAAAUAAUAGAGCAGGCUGUUAAUAGCAUUUAAAGCAAAUGUUUGACUUGAUGCUGCUGUUAGAGGGCUGUUAAAAAAAUACCAAGCAGCCAGUAGCGGCCCGAUAAGCAGCCGGCACAAUUGUUGAGAGCACACUCAUCGCUUAAGUAUAUAGAAAGUGAUUUCCGAAAAUGGACGAUCUUAUCAGGAAGGGUGCUCUGUUCCUCAUGAACGAGAAGUGCUACGACAAUUACUUCUUGGAUCACAAUUUCCUCGAUGUGCCGUGCUUUAAGGCGCUGCUGAGCAAAGGUCUCGGCAUUGGCAUCAUUGCUGGUUCGGUGCUGGUGAAGGUGCCGCAGGUGCUGAAAAUCCUCAAUGCCAAGUCUGGCGAGGGCAUUAAUCUAUUGGGCGUUAUGCUGGACCUGCUGGCCAUCACAUUCCACAUGUCGUACAGCUUUAUGAAUGGCUAUCCAUUCAGCUCAUGGGGCGACAACACUUUCCUCGCCAUCCAAACCGUCGCCAUUGCUGUCCUCGUCCUCUUCUUUGGCGGACGCCGGCCGCAUGCUGUCAUCUUUCUGCUUGGUUAUGCGACUAUACUGUACGUGCUGAACUCUGGAAUGACAUCCAUGAGGGUGUUGCUCGCCAUACAGAGCUGCAACAUACCCAUUCUACUGGUUGGCAAACUGUCACAGGCACUGACCAACUACAGGGCCGGUUCCACGGGUCAGCUGUCGGCGGCGACGGUCAUACUGAUGUUUGCCGGUUCGUUGGCACGCAUCUUUACUUCGAUUCAAGAGACUGGCGAUCAGAUGAUUAUCCUCACCUUCUGCGCUUCCACUUUUGCCAAUGGCGUGAUCUUUGCGCAGCUCCUUUAUUACUGGAACAAACCAGUCGCUGGCAAAAAGGAUGUCGGAAAGGUCAAGAAGCCCAUGAAGAGCAAGAAGGCUGACUAAGCUGAAGAUUGCAUAGCUUUUAGUUUAAGCAACGUUUUCUCGACAUGAUAGAUCAAAUAUCAAAACUUUCAAUAAACUUAUUUAUAGCGAA